CCCUUGCGAAAGUUGCUUAACAUCCACAUCGCUGACCAAACCCGCUAACCAUUCUGUCAUAGAUCUCUUCAAUAUCUAUCGUUGUAGAUGAGGUAUUAAAUUAAUUUUGUAUAUAAGUUGUCUCCGUAUAUGGUCUUUGGUAUUAACAAAUGUAUUUUUAUUAAUAUUCUAGUUCCACCACAUGGUCCUCCACCUUAUCAUAGAUACCCACCGCCACCGCCUGGUAGCAACGUUGCCUUCGUUCCUACCCCCGUUAUGAUGCCAGUGUAUCCUCCGCCACCAGCACCGCCCAUGCCGGAACCGAAUGCUACAUACGUCACUAAUUAUUACUAUCCACCAACGUAUCAUCAGCCGCACCAGCCGGAACAACAUCAUCUCGUACCUCAAGUUGAAGAACUCAUUGAUUGGGCAUCCGCGACACCCCAGACAGCAGUGAAUUACACACACCGAGCUUUCGUCGCAGGUAAAGAGGGUUGGGACGGCAGCCCGCUCUGGAUCAUCAGAUCACAUCAUAAUGGCGAGUUUAUUCCUGGAAAGCUGGCCAUCAAACACAGGGCAUCAUAUGUUCCUUAUUCUGGAAAAGAAGUUCCUGUUCAUAAUUUUGAGGUUAAAACAAACUUGUAAACAAUUAUUACUUUACUAGCAAUUUUUAAACAGUGAAUGGCCUUGGUGUAAUCAUGGUUUUAAAUCCAGUUUGCUUUUUUGUCAAAGUAUGUAUCAACCUCCAU